GAGAAAAGGUGAUGCAGGAUGAUGAGUUCACCUGUGACCUCUUCCGCUUCCUUCAAUUGCUUUGUGAAGGACAUAAUUCAGAUUUUCAAAAUUACCUGAGAACUCAGACUGGUAACAACACAACUGUUAAUAUUAUCAUUUCCACUGUGGAUUACUUAUUAAGAGUUCAGGAAUCCAUUAGUGAUUUCUACUGGUAUUAUUCUGGGAAGGAUGUUAUUGAUGAGCAAGGACAACGAAAUUUUUCCAAAGCCAUCCAGGUUGCAAAACAAGUUUUCAAUACUCUUACGGAGUAUAUCCAGGACUCCAGUCAAAUUGAAUUACUGAAGGAAUUAAUGGAUCUUCAGAAGGAUAUGGUUGUCAUGUUGCUGUCUAUGCUGGAAGGUAAUGUUGUGAAUGGAACUAUUGGCAAGCAGAUGGUCGAUAUGCUUGUGGAAUCGUCCAACAAUGUGGAGAUGAUUCUGAAGUUUUUUGAUAUGUUCUUAAAGUUGAAGGAUUUGACUUCCUCUGAUGCAUUCAAAGAAUAUGACCCUGAUGGUAAAGGGAUAAUUUCAAAGAGGGAUUUUCACAAGGCAAUGGAAAGCCAUAAGCAUUACACCCAGUCUGAAACUGAGUUCCUGCUAUCAUGUGCUGAAACAGAUGAGAAUGAGACUCUGGACUAUGAGGAGUUUGUGAAACGAUUCCAUGAACCUGCCAAAGACAUUGGUUUCAAUGUCGCUGUUCUCCUGACCAACCUGUCGGAACACAUGCCCCAUGAUACCCGCUUGCAAACUUUUCUUGAACUGUCAGAGAGUGUGCUGAAUUACUUUCAGCCUUUCCUUGGACGCAUAGAAAUCAUGGGCAGUGCGAAGCGCAUUGAACGAGUUUAUUUUGAAAUAAGUGAGUCAAGUCGGACUCAGUGGGAGAAACCUCAGGUAAAAGAGUCAAAGAGACAAUUUAUAUUUGAUGUUGUAAAUGAAGGCGGGGAGAAAGAAAAGAUGGAGCUUUUUGUUAAUUUCUGUGAGGAUACCAUCUUCGAAAUGCAACUGGCUGCCCAGAUCUCCGAGUCAGAUCUGAAUGAAAGGUCAGCAAAUAAAGAGGAGGAUGAGAAAGAUAAGCCUGAGGAGCAGGAUCCUAGAAUGGGUUUCUUCUCUCUCGUGACCAUGAAGUCAGCAUUAGUAGCUCUCAAGUAUAAUUUAAUGACUCUUAUGAAAAUGCUCAGCAUGAAGAGCCUAAAGAAACAGAUGAAAAAAGUGAAGAAAAUGACCAUGAAGGACAUGGUCAUGGCUUUGUUUUCUUCCUAUUGGAGCAUUUUGAUGGGCUUACUACAUUUUGCAUGUAGUGUUGUCCGGGGCUUCUUUCGCAUCAUAUGCAGUUUGCUGCUUGGAGGAAGCCUGGUAGAAGGCGCGAAGAAAAUCAAGGUGGCUGAACUAUUAGCUAAUAUGCCAGAUCCCACUCAGGAUGAGGUGCGUGGGGAAGGAGAAGAGGGAGAGAGGAAGCUAGCAGAAGCUACAUUGCCUACAGAAGACUUGACGGAUCUGAGAACUUUAUCAGAUGAGAGUGAUCUGCUCUCAGAUAUAUUUGGGUUGGAUUUGAAACGAGAAGGUGGACAGUAUAAACUGAUCCCUCACAAUCCGAAUGCUGGUUUGAGUGAUUUACUGAGCACUCCCUCCUUAGCUCCAAUGCCUGAGGUGCAGGAAAAAAUCCAGGAGCGUGUGAAAGAAGAUGAAAAGGAAGAGAAGGAAGAAACAAAAUCUGAGCCUGAAAAAGCAGAGUAUAAUUACUUUGCGCGAAACUUUUACAACAUGAGGAUGUUGGCGUUGUUUGUUGCUUUCGCCAUCAACUUCAUCCUGCUUUUCUAUAAGGUCUCCACCUCUGCUGUGACAGAAGAAAAGGAAGUUCCUCUGGUAUCUGCUGGUGAAAGUACCAAACUGAACAGCCUGGAAAGUGAUAACCAGAGGGUCAUUGCAGUGCAUUAUGUCCUGGAAGAAAGCAGUGGCUACAUGGAGCCCACGCUGCGGAUUUUGGCCAUCCUACACACAGUCAUCUCAUUCUUCUGCAUCAUAGGGUACUACUGUUUGAAAGUUCCACUGGUUAUUUUUAAAAGAGAAAAGGAAGUGGCAAGGAAAUUGGAAUUUGAUGGGCUGUAUAUAACUGAACAACCGUCAGAAGAUGAUAUUAAAGGACAGUGGGAUAGACUUGUAAUCAACACACAGUCUUUUCCAAAUAACUAUUGGGACAAAUUUGUGAAAAGGAAGGUCAUGGAUAAAUAUGGUGAGUUCUAUGGCCGUGACAGGAUCAGUGAGUUACUAGGAAUGGACAAAGCUGCUCUCGAUUUUAGUGAUGCUCGAGAAAAGAAGAAACCAAAGAAGGAUAGCUCCUUGUCUGCUGU